AUGAUCUACAAUAUAGGCCACGACCUUGGUACCGUAGAAGAUUACAAGAUCUCCAAAACAUCUGCUAGGAUGAAGGUAUCCCUUGAUGGGCUGAAGCCAAUAACAAAGGAAGCUCUAAUUGAGUUUGACACAGGAGAAGAACUCCCUGUUACCUUGGAGUACGAAGGUCUUGACCUCCACUGCCUUCUCUGUAACGAGCUCUCCCACUUAGCUAAAGACUGUCCUCUAUCACCCCCUGAUGACAGAAUCUCAACGGCCAGAAGAACAAGAGACAUGGACGAUUACGGCAGGCUUCAUUCACAAAGCUACCAACAUCAUUCCUCUGGAGACAAGGCGCAUAAGGAAAAAGUCCUGCCUCUGAAUAAUAAAGCCGCUCCACUACAAAUACCGGAAAGGAGGCAACAACAAGAAAGGGAACCUGCAAGACAACUUCAACCAAUCGUCCCAACUACAGAGACAGUGUUGUCUGAGCUCCGGGAGGUUACAAUCCAGUACAUAAAUAUCGAUGACCCAAUAGAAAGAGCUGCUCACAUCCAGAUAGUGCUACAGGGCGAGGAAGAGGGAUUGAUGGCUAACACUGCUGCCAGAAUAAUUGCAGCAGCCACAUCAAAUCUCUCUGUUAGACAGGAUCAAAGCGCUCCUUCACCUAUGAACCAGGCACCAAGCCUUUUGGGUCAACAAGAAGCUACCUCUGCGGACAUCCCAGAAUCUUCAAACGCACGCAAUAACAGACCACAUCAAGCUGCUCGUAUGAGGACUGGCGCUAGCCCUAGGAAUUGGGCAGGAGCAAGUACUCGAAUGAGAAAUCUCCUACGUAUCCAUUCCUCUCCUGAAAGACAUGUCUUCCCCCACGCUUCUCCCAUUCAAAGCCAUCAAGCUAGAGCACCGCGCAACACACCAAGAGGUGCCCCCUCCACCUCCACAACAGAAACGAGCGCAAGAUUUUCACGCAGAACGUCCUCUUCUUCCUUAGCCAUUCUGAGCUGGAACUGCUGCGGGCUUGGGAACCCGAUGACAGUCCAGAGGCUCAAGGAUCUAAACAAAAAAGUUCUCCAGACGUUAUCUUCUUACAAGAAACAAAAAAAUACUGAUGAGUUUGUUCUCGAGAAAUUGGCAGAGUUAAACAUUACCUCACACUAUCUGGACCACACAGCCCAGGAGCAGGAGGGCUAG